GAGGAGGAGGAGCUUGUCGAAGGGAAUGGCGAUGUGAUCGGUGCUUACGAUUUUGGAAAAUACCCGAAGGCGGAGCCAAAGCGUUGCUCUCUUGCGGGCCUCACGCUGGUGCAGCACGUGCCCCUGGAUGAGAAUGUCAUCCAGCUUGAGUCGCUUGGCAGGCUUGGCAGAGAUCUGGAGCUCUGGGAGGGCAGCUUCCGCAACAGGGUUCACAAGCCCAACGAGCUGCGCGCCAUGUUUCCCGGACAUGCAG